AAAUUUUCCCUUCAUCAGUUGCAGCAGUUCCCAGUUCAUGAAAAAGUCGCGUUCAAUCACAGACGCCAUCGUUCUACGACAACUUUUGUAGGUUGAAAACAACAAAAGUUCGCCGGUUUCUUAAAACAUUAUUUGACGAAGAUUUUGGGAAAAUGACCAAUGAAAAUGGCCGGAACUCGACCCCACCACCUGGAGUUGAUGGAGAGGAAGAGCCAGUUUUGAAAUAUCCGAGACUGGAUCUUGCAAGUGUGUACCGCCGAUCAUCGUCAACCAAAUGACCGUCCCCUGCAUUCUCACACACUAUAGCCGCAGUGCCCACAUCAGGGGCACGGGAUGGAGGGCUGAGUGAUUAUCUCCCUGGACCUAUAAAAGAUUUAGACCAGACUGGACCUUUAACAGCCGGAUCUGGUGCCCGUCGAGAUAUGUAUGGAUCUACUCCUCCUCAACUGACUAGUGAACAGACAGAAGCUGUUAGUCGAGCGAAACGCUACGCAAUGGAGCAAAGUAUCAAAAUGGUUUUAAUGAAACAAACACUCGCUCACCAGCAGCAGCAAGCCAAAUCCCUACAACGCCACCAAGCCCUAGUUCUUAUGUGCAGAGUUUAUGUUGGAAGCAUAAGUUUCGAGUUGCGCGAAGAUACUGUACGACAGUCGUUCCAUCCCUUUGGACCCAUCAAAUCUAUUACUAUGUCAUGGGAUCCCAUAACUCAAAAGCACAAAGGAUUUGCCUUCGUUGAAUAUGAACUCCCUGAAGCCGCACAAUUAGCUCUAGAACAGAUGAAUGGCGUGGUGAUUGGAGGGCGAAAUAUUAAGGUAGGACGCCCGAGUAACAUGCCACAGGCUCAGCCUGUCAUUGAUGAGAUUAUGGAAGAAUCACGUCAUUACAACCGCAUUUUUAUUGCAUCAGUACAUCCAGAUCUGACAGAAGAAGAUAUUAAAAGUGUUUUCGAGGCAUUUGGUAAGAUCAAAAUGUGUCAGCUAGCUCAAGGCCCUGCUCCCGGAAAACACCGUGGUUAUGGUUUCAUUGAAUAUGAGACCACUCAGUCAGCCCAUGAUGCCAUAGCAUCUAUGAACAUGUUUGAUUUGGGCGGUCAACAUCUACGUGUGGGUCGGGCUAUAACGCCCCCUAAUUCGUCUGUGAACCCAAAUGCACCUCCUCCGUCUGGACAGUUGCCCACGCAGGCCGCUUUAGCUGCGGCUGCUGCAACUGCACGCAUUCAAGCUAUGGAUGCUGUUGCCGGUGCUUUAUCGGGAACUGGAGGGCUUCCUGGAUUAGCUGGUCUCUCUGCUCUUCUUAAUCCAACAUUAGCAACUGCUGCAGCUACCCUGACUACAGCUUUAGGUCUGACAUCACCUGCCCUUGCUGCCGCGGCGGCAGCAGCCUCCAAUUUAGCUAUACCUCCUCCGGGGCUGGCUAUCCCACAGCUCGGUGCUCCAGCUCUACCCCUGCGACCCUCAGUCGUCUCACCUGCUCGAUUAACAAGCCAACAUGUAGUAGCCAUACCACCACCUACCGUAGUGACUCCCGUUUUGGCCACUGGUGGUUUCAGCAAUACUCCACCCAUCCAGCAAAUUCAAAUGCAACAAAUACCGAUAGCGAAUCCUCAGGAAAUUUUGCGGAAAGCACAGGAGGAAGCUAAAGUUAAGCAGCAACAAGAAGAGAUUAAGCAAAAACUGUUGGAUGAAGUUGAACCACAAACACUACAACAGCAAGAAAAUAUAUCAAUUAAGGGUCAGUCUGCUCGUCAUUUGGUCAUGCAAAAAUUGAUGCGCAAAGCGGAUUCUCGAGUCAUCAUACUUCGUAAUAUGGUUGGUCCGGAAGAUGUUGACGAAACUCUUCAAGAAGAAAUCACCGAUGAGUGUUCAAAGUUUGGGAAUGUUAAACGAGUGAUUAUUUAUAAAGAAAAACAAUCAGAUGACGAUGAUGCUGAAAUAAUCGUUAAGAUUUUCGUUGAAUUCACAGUUGGAACAGGAGCUGAAACAGCGCGGGACUCCCUGAACGGCAGGUUUUUUGCCGGUCGUAUGGUUCGAUGUGACAUUUAUGAUCAAGCUCUUUAUGAAUGUAAUGAUCUUUCCGGAUGAAUUUGAGUUUUAUUUAUCAUCUUCCAAUCGCCUCUUUAUUUUAUGGCUUCAAGUCUGACCUUUUGUGUUGCACUAACUCUGCAUAUUUCCUACUGUGUUUUCGUGUGUUAUUAUGACUGCCCUGUGGUUCGAGUAAGAAAUAAAAUAUUCUGUAGUCGCCAA